AUUAAUACAUAAUAAACAAGAUCAGUUAAUAAAUUCCUUUAUGAAAUGAACUAGUCAAUGAUAAUUCUUAUAUUUUAUAAUAUAGAAUAAAACAACGAAUCAGUAUCAUUUAAAUAAAUAAUUACACAGAAUACAAUGAGAAGUAAUUCAGUUCAAAUGUGUUACAACUUUGUCAUUUAUAUUCAUUUCUUACUCUUUUGGAUCCAUUCAUCAAUUCAAGAUGAUAAAAUCAAUAUGCAAUUGUCAACUGAAAAUCAAACAAUUGACCAAUAUAUGACGUGCAGAAGUCAAAUUUAUCAAUCUAUUGAACGAAAGAUACUUAUGGGAGGAACAACUGUUCGAAAUUCCGAUGAAGUGAAGAAAUGUUUCACUGAAGAACAGUCGGUUUAUGAAAAAUUGGUGGAUGAAUACAAAAAUGAAAUUUGCCCGUUACCCAAUUCUAACAAUAUAAAAGAUAAUCAACAACUACAUUACAAUUUCCGUAGACUUGAUGUUUUACUACGAGAUCGAUAUGGGAAAAUACGUGUAUGCAACAUUUAUUUAUUUUCACAUGACAUAUUGCAAACUAUUCAUGACCAAAUUGAUAAUCAGUUAAAGCAACAUAAUUUAGAACCGAGAAAAUCUAAUGUAGAAAUGGCAAUAAUAUAUUGUAAAGAUGAAAUCAAUAUGGAAUUGUCAACUGAAAGUCAAACAAUUGACGAAUAUAUGACGUGCAGAAGUAAAAUUUAUCAUUCUAUUGAACGAAAGAUACUUAUGGAAGGAACAACUGUUCGAAAUUCCGAUGAAGUGAAGAAAUGUUUCACUGAAGAACAGUCGGUUUAUGAAAAAUUGGUGGAUGAAUACAAAAAUGAAAUUUGCCCGUUACCCAAUUCUAACAAUAUAAAAGAUAAUCAACAACUACAACUACUUGAUGUUUUACUACGAGAUCGAUAUGGGAAAAUACGUGUAUGCAACAUUUAUUUAUUUUCACAUGACAUAUUGCAAACUAUUCAUGACCAAAUUGAUAAUCAGUUAAAGCGACGUUAG